UCAACGGAAGGUGAAAGUCUGCCGGUCUGCGCUAGCGUCUGAUAUCAAUGGCUUUCAGGGCUCAUUUUAUUUGAAUGUCUGGACUUUAUAUAAUUUCUCCCCUAAGAAACCAAUGAUGGAUAUCCUAUGGAUUUUAUGGACAUUACCCUCAGUCCUGGCUAUUGAAGAAAUGUUGAUGGACUCCACCACAGCGACCGCAGAGCUUGGCUGGACAGUAUAUCCAGUGUCCUCAACAGGUGACAGCAGUGUAAGCUGGGAAGAAGUGAGUGGCUAUGAUGAGAACAUGAACACCAUUCGUACCUAUCAGGUGUGUAAUGUCUUCCACGCCAACCAAAAUAACUGGGUGCGCACCAAGUAUAUCCGAAGAAGAGGGGCUCAGCGUAUUCACGUGGAGAUGAAGUUCUCCGUGCGAGACUGCAGCAGCAUCCCAGGAGUCCCUGGUUCCUGCAAGGAAACUUUCAACCUCUACUACUAUGAAUCAGACUAUGACACGGCCACUAAAGUCCAUCCUCCAUGGAUGGAAAACCCUUGGAUCAAGGUGGAUACCAUCGCAGCAGAUGAGAGUUUCUCGCAAGUAGACCUGGGCGGACGUGUGAUGAAGAUUAACACAGAGGUUCGCAGUUUUGGUCCCGUCUCCCGAAACGGUUUCUAUCUAGCCUUCCAGGACUACGGUGGGUGCAUGUCGUUAAUCGCUGUGCGGGUGUUCUACCGGAAGUGUCCUCGCACUAUUCGGAACGGAGCAGCAUUUCAGGAGACGCAUUCGGGAGCAGAGAGCACCUCACUGGUGUCGGCGAGGGGAGAGUGCAUCCCUAAUGCAGAGGAGGUCGACGUUCCCAUUAAACUGUACUGUAAUGGAGAUGGAGAGUGGAUGGUCCCUAUUGGCCGCUGUAUGUGUAAAGCAGGUCACGAGGCAGUGGAGAAUGGAACUGUUUGCAGAGCAUGCCCUUCAGGUUUCUUCAAGACAGCACAAGGUGACGAGAAAUGCCUGCAGUGUCCAAUCAACAGCCGCACAACCAACAACGGAGCCACCAACUGCGUAUGCCGAAAUGGAUAUUACCGCACAGACUCGGACCCCUUAGAGAUGCCCUGUACAACUGUGCCCUCGGCUCCUCAAAACGUCAUCUCCAGCGUGAACGAGACGUCGCUGAUGCUGGAGUGGAAUCCUCCGCGGGAAACUGGUGGCCGUGAUGACAUUGUCUACAACAUCAUCUGUAAGAGCUGCGGAGGUGGCAGAGGGGGCUGCAUGCGUUGUGGGGACAAUGUGCAGUUCGUUCCACGUCAGCUGGGACUCACAGACACCCGGGUCUUCAUAAGUGACCUGCUGGCCCACACCCAGUACACGUUUGAAGUCCAGGCUGUCAAUGGAGUAUCAGACCAGAGCCCUUAUUCACCUCAAUAUGCAUCAGUCAACAUCACUACUAACCAGGCUGCUCCUUCUACAGUGUCUAUCAUGCAUCAGGUCAGUCGCACCAUUGACAGUAUCACUCUCUCCUGGUCCCAGCCAGAUCAGCCCAACGGGGUCAUACUUGACUACGAGCUGCAGUAUUAUGAGAAGGACCAGACGGAGCAUAACUCUUCCAUAGUAAAGAGUCAAACCAACACCGCAGUCAUCCGUGGCCUCAAACCUGGAGGCAUUUAUGUCUUCCAGGUCCGAGCACGUACGGUGGCAGGGUUUGGACGGUACAGUGGCAAGAUGUACUUCCAGACCAUGACUGAGGAGGAGUACAACACUAGCAUUCAAGAGAAGCUGCCUCUCAUCAUUGGUUCGGCGGCUGCUGGUCUGGUUUUCCUCAUUGCGGUGGUGGUCAUCAUCAUCGUUUGCAACCGACGUGGAUUCGAGAGAGCAGAUUCAGAAUACACAGACAAGCUGCCGCACUACACCAGUGGCCACAUGUCACCAGGAAUGAAGAUCUACAUUGAUCCAUUUACGUACGAAGACCCCAAUGAAGCUGUGAGGGAGUUUGCUAAGGAGAUUGACAUCUCGUGUGUGAAAAUCGAGCAAGUCAUUGGAGCAGGAGAGUUUGGAGAGGUGUGCAGUGGAAACCUAAAGCUCCCAGGAAAGAGGGAGAUGUUCGUGGCCAUUAAAACACUGAAGUCGGGUUACACAGAAAAGCAGAGGCGGGACUUCCUGAGUGAAGCAAGCAUCAUGGGGCAGUUUGAUCACCCCAAUGUCAUCCAUUUGGAGGGAGUGGUGACCAAGAGCAGCCCUGUCAUGAUCAUCACAGAGUUUAUGGAGAACGGCUCAUUGGACUCUUUCCUCAGGCAAAAUGAUGGGCAGUUCACUGUAAUUCAGCUGGUGGGCAUGUUACGAGGGAUUGGCUCUGGGAUGAAGUACCUUGCAGACAUGAAUUACGUACACCGGGACCUGGCCGCCCGCAACAUCUUAGUUAACAGUAACCUAGUUUGCAAGGUGUCCGAUUUCGGACUCUCACGCUUUUUGGAGGAUGACACAUCGGAUCCCACCUAUACCAGUGCCCUGGGUGGGAAGAUCCCUAUUCGAUGGACAGCCCCAGAGGCCAUCCAAUAUAGGAAGUUCACCUCCGCCAGUGACGUAUGGAGCUACGGGAUUGUCAUGUGGGAAGUAAUGUCGUAUGGAGAGCGGCCAUAUUGGGACAUGACCAAUCAGGACGUUAUCAAUGCCAUUGAGCAAGACUACCGGCUGCCGCCUCCCAUGGACUGCCCCAGUGCCCUCCAUCAGCUCAUGCUGGACUGCUGGCAGAAGGACCGCAACAACCGGCCCAAGUUCAGCCAGAUUGUCAACAACCUGGACAAGAUGAUCCGUAACCCCAACAGCCUGAAGGCCAUUACUCCACUCUCAUCAGGUGUGCAUUUGCCCUUGCUUGACCGCAGUGUGCCCGACUUCUCUAGUUUCAACACUGUGGAUGAUUGGCUGGACGCUAUUAAGAUGGGCCAGUACAAAGACAAUUUCGCCAAUGGCAACUUCACCAGCUUCGACCUUGUUUCCCAGAUGUCCAUGGAGGACAUUCUCAGGGUCGGAGUGACACUAGCGGGUCACCAGAAGAAGAUCCUCAACAGUGUUCAGAUGAUGAGGGCCCAGAUGAACCAGAUCCAAUCGGUAGAGGUUUGACGAUGCGUCCCGAUUAGAUUGGGAGGAGGACAAGAGGAGGAGGCGAAGGGCCAACAUGAAGGGAUGGGGCAGCCACUACAGACCCUAAGCCUGUUUUCCUUCUGGACCACCUAGGAUAUCCACCUGCCCCCUCCUCCGAAACACUCUCGUUCUCCAUCUGUGUUAUCUGAAUUCCCCAUUAACCCCCAGACACCCUAAUGGGCUCGAUUCGGGAAAGCUGUGUCUGGAAAAUAUGGUCACAACACCUGAUCGUUUAGCUUUAGCUACCACCAAUCACAGGAAGACCGAUCAGUCUGCCAGCAAUAGGCUCCACCCCCUACUUCCCUUGAAUUUUCCUUACUUUCCUUCCAAUUGUUUUUUUUUUUUUUUUAGUAUUUUUUUAAAGCGUUUUUGUAAAAAAAAAAAAAAUUAAAGCUAUGGAAACACAAGUAAUCUAUAUAAAAUAUAUAGAUUGCUGUAAAAUUGUAGACUGAAUAUGGUGGACUGAAUCAAAAGGCUACCCUUUAAAAGGGCAAUGAAGAAACAGGAGAUAAAAAAAAAACACAAUACAUGCUUCUGAGAUUUUCUUUCUAAUAUUUUGGGAAAAUCUUGAAUAGAAAUACUUACUGUCUGCUCAAUGGAUACACAGGGGACAACCUGCGGAACCUUAAUCCCACUCCCCUCGCUGACAGCCGAGGGAAAAGUAUGUGAAAACCAUGAAAUGGGACUUCCUUUUGGCAGUCAAUACUGCCUUGAAGAAAAAAAUGAUAAUUUUUUGCAGUUUAAUCUACAUCAACAUAAACAGACAACUGGAGAAAAAAAAAGUCAAAAUAGUUAUCACAGUGUUGAAUUUGUGGUGCAGAUUCCUCAUUGCUAGGGGGGGGAGAAAAAAUUAACAUUUUACAGAUGUCAUAAGAGCCUGCCAAAUAGAGCAUCAUCCCUUUGUACCUUGUCCUGUACAUAUCAGAUGCACUUGUGAGGUCGUCAGUACAAGCCUGAUGUAGUCCAACAUUUAGUUUCAGUUUCAGUAUUAGAUGGAUCUAUAUUGACAUUUGAUGGAUUUUCUUUCGUGUGUGUGUCCGUAUAUGACUUGAGGGGGGUCAUCUUUUAUAUUCUCCCUCCUUUUUGUCAUGGGCUAAGAUGAUUUAGUUUGAAAGACGGCAUAAGAUACUCUCCCCCACAAAAUUGUUCAGCAUGUUCUUUCCUUGAACUGCUUAGAGUGAAGGAUACCGAGUGCACGUAUGGUGUGGUCUUCACAUCAUCUACGCUCUACUUUUAUGUUUGGAUCCCUGCUGUGUGUGUGUUUGCAUGUGCAUGGAAUGGAGCACAUGGAGCUGCGGAGCACGUGUGGUGCAAAACUAUGAUUUCACCGGAAGCUUGGAUUUGACACACGUUGCAGAUCACUGUGUUGAUAUGCUUAUAUUUUUGCCACCAAAACCAUUUCUUUAAAGAAAAAAAAAAAAAUGUUUUAUAAUAAGGUGUUUAGGGGUUUUAAUAUCUGAAAGUAUGCAGUUAGAGGACAUUUUCAUAACAGGGAAGUGAUUGUUCAUUGUGAAGCAUAGUUUUAUAUGAGAAUAUUGUUAUUGUAUUACAUUUUUGAAAUGGUUACAUUCACCAAUUGGCGCCAAGCUGAAAUUAAGAGUUUCAUAGGACAUUAAAACAAAAAAAUCACAAACAAUAUCAGCUGUAAAUUAGUGUGUAUAUGUUAUAUUUUUUACACACACACACACACAAAACAAAACAAACAAACAAACAAAAAAAAAAAAACAUCCCACCGUUCUCCAUGGUAUGGUACUUCCACAAUGCUUUCUGAGAUCUGUCACCUCCAUAGAUGUAAGAACAAUAAAGCUUUGUAUAAUAAUAUUCUAAAGCAGAAACUUCCCCCCUCAGAGAGGCUUGUCUCAAAACUGUGUUGGAUUUUAGUGUACAUAUUAUUUUUUUAAUGUAUUGUUGAAACUGAAUUGGGAGUCGCUAUUGUCAAUGUUUAUUUUGGGCCUUUUGGUUUCGUACUAGUAUUGGCUGAGAGAUGAGAAUCAGCCGUAGAGAUGAAUGGGCCGGAAGCAUCUUCAUCCAUGCUGGAGUGUCUGUGUGUGAGCGAGUGUGUUUGCAUGUGCAUGUAUGUCCAUGUACCAGCAUUACGGUCACUGUGGUUAACGAUAUACUUCUUUGUCAGCUGACGAGAGGCUCGCUUUAUUCCAUAACCUCAGGGUUGACAUGCAUCUGUGUUAAAAACCAUGCAGUGUUGUGAGGUCAGUUCAGUGUAGGUAAGGUCCAUUGGCUGAAUCUCAGAGUGCUAAUGAAGUUCUAACCAGAUGGUGUUGGCCGUUCUCUGUUCUUCCCAUUACAUAAUGCUUCCAUUAGAAUGAAGGUUCUGUUGUUCAGUGAUUGGACAUGAAACAACGUUCAGCAGACAGGCCAUCCCAGGUGUUAAGGCUUGAAAUACACAGCGAUAAAGGCUUGAGAAAUGACCGUGUCUACUUUCCUCUGUGUCCAGAAAGAUGGUAGGAUUUUACCUUAGAACUUGACAUACUAAAUGGCCCUUAAGUUUUAGCUCUCAGCUUUUCAGUCAUUUUUGGUAACUUUUUUUAUCACCAGCAGGAGGAUACAGGGAGAAAGGAAAUUCAUCUUGGCUUAACACCUUGUCCUAACCAGCGACGUGUGAUUUGUCCGUCCACACUGAAAGCGAAAAUUCAGCACAGCACAGUCACAGCCAAAAUGUUUAAUAUGCAGUUACAGUAUCGUUUAAAAGUUCUUUAAACGUGUCUCUCAAGCUCACCUCAUCAAGGCUACAUUAAUUUGGUUUAAAAAUACAAUGAAGAAAGCAUUACUGUAAAAUAUUACAAUAUACAACCUUAAUUUUAAUGUAUUAUAAAAUGUUAUUUAUUCCUGUGAUGGUAAAGCUGAAUUUUCAGCAGCCAAAUACUCCAUCUUCAGUUCACAUUAUCCUUCAGAAAGUCAUUCUAAUACGCUGAUUGUUACUCAAAAAGGAUUUUUUUUAAGUUACAAAAACAGCAUAUUUUUUUUGUAAAACAUGUUAGGUUUUUCUGGAUUCUUAGAUGAACAGAAUUAACAUUUCAUCUUUAGUCACUUUUUGUCAAUUUAAUGUGUGCUUGCUGAAGAAAAUAAAUAAUUUUCUUAAAAAAAUAAAAAUAAAUCAUGACACCAAUAUUUUGAAUUGUAGUGUAUGUUAGUGAGGCUAUCAAGCUGCUAUAGAAAUAAAUAUUAAGCAAUUAACAUUAUGUUCUAUCCCUUGAAGGGCAUAAAAUGGUUGUAAAGUAAAAUAGUGUAAACUAAAAUAACAGAUAAGCAAAAUAAAUACAUUUUCGUUACUUCUGUUUUGCAAUUGACAAAAUAUUCUUAAUGGACAAAAACAAGUAAUUCAUGUAAAAAUCAUCCAUUUUCAUAGUGUACUGUAUAUGGCAGAUAGUCGCUUUCAGCAGCUGGUUGGGACCUGGAGCGAGUCAGAGAGGUGAGAGACAGAUCGAGACUGAAGAAUAUUCUCGCGGUGAUGGUACCUGUCUGUCCAGCACAUCCUCUCAAUAUUUAAUGGCUUCUCAGUGUCACUGCUGCACUGCGAGACUAAGGUUCUGAAUCCCUCGUCUUCCUCAGAAUAACACCGCUUCUGCUUCACCCUCCUAGGACAAUCACUGUCACUCAAAGCUCCAGAUCGCACACAUUCCGGAAUCCACACACACACACUGCUGCAGUACGUCUGCAGAGGUUGAGACUCCCGUGGCAGUAGCUCAGCAAUACUUAGAGGUGCUGGCCACAAGUUACAGCGUGUUUAAAUCAGCCUAACAGCACAGGAUUAACAGAGCUUUGAGUGAAAUCCAGUGCUGAAGGGAUAUCCUGUGUUCCUGAUCCUCAUCUUCUUUUCCUUCCAAUGAAAUGUGGCGUUUUAUAAGCACAGUUUCACGGGCCUGCGCUAUUUGCAAAAAGACGCUUUUCUUGCAUCUUGGCGCUGAUGGUCACGUGAGUUUCUGGCACUUUGCAGUGAGAGAGCCGAAGGAACAUUAACGACCAAUGAGCCUUUCUGUUUUAAGAUAUUGGUAUGUUGAAAGAUUAUGACAUGCUUGACAUUUGCCACGCAUGCUCUUCAUCGAACCUGUAUUUACAUAGAAAUAUUUCAGCACGGCGGCCUUAUGUAAUUCUGUUUUUCCACUGCAUCUUUAACCGCUCAAGUUUGUUUCUCGGUAGGGGACUAAUCACUUCAUACGUUUCCCUCUCUCAUUUGUCGUUUCACAGAACACUAUGUAGACCACAGACAAAUGAGACGUGGCGUCGAGAGUGAAAGAAUGUCAUGCUGAGUGAUUUAAGCACUUCUUAUUGUUUUUUUUCACAUGGAUUAUCACCUUAAACGCAUCAUUUCUACCACAACACAGCUCUUUUUUUUUCAUACGAAGGGCUGGGAAAGAUGGCAUGUGGACAUUUUUUAAUACCCAGGACCCUUUUGGUUCAGAUGGCUUGUGAAAAUAGCCAAAAAGCUGCCGUUAUGUGGACAUGCGAACUGCAAAUGUUCCUUCUGGCAAGCAAAGAUGUGAUCCCGUGCACCGUUUAAAGCUUUUUGUUGAAAGCUGGUGACAGCAAGCUGUGAACAGCAUAUGCUCGUAGCUACCGCCGGAGCUUAAUACCAAUGCAAAACCGUUAUUAUGAUGAUUGUGUGCGAUUGUGAACGUAAAUACAAGCUGGCUCUGGUUUGCUCUCAUUGGUCCAUAUUUUUGCCUGCAUCCUCAAACAUGGUGGGAAGUUCUUGGAUAGAAAAUGGCUCCCCGAAUAGAGCUGUAGUGCCUGUAGGGCCGCAGCACCCUCUGGUGUUAGGAAGGCAGUAGUGCAUUCGUCCCCAUGUCUCUCAGCCCUGCUUUCCAUCACAGGGCGGCAGACCUCACUGCCCACCUGGACCACUGUGACAGAGAUGGAAGGUCCUGUUUCACUGUAUAAAAUGUACAUUUGACUGUAACCCUGUGAAUGAUGUAACAAUUUCAUUAUUUGUAAUAUUGUUAUUGGUUUAUUUUCUAAAAAUUGAAAAAAGCCCAACUUGACUCUCCUCAUUAAAACAUGAAAUGAGAUACAACUGUUA